UUUUAGCAUAACAGUUUAUAGAUUUUUCACAAAUUUAAAAGAAGGCUUCAUAAGAUAUCUAAAAUGGCUUCAAGUGAUACUGUUACCCUGGCUUAUAUCAACUACUACUGUCGCGAAAAGUACUACAGACACUUGCAGAAUGCCUGUCUCGAGAGCCUGAAGAAAUAUGGCAACGAUCCAGUGUUGAUAUUUUGGAAGGCAUUUGGAGUUUUAAUGGAAGACAGAGCCUCUGAGGCAAUAAGAGAACUGGAAGUGAUCAAGGAGAAGCCAGAUGUACUGUUGUGUGCCACCAUGGCACUAAUCCAUGCACACAAGAAAGCCAAACUUGUUGACAGGGAAGCAGUUCAAGAGCUAGAGACCAAGCUUAGGCAAGAUCGACAGUCAUGUGGUGAGAUGGCACUGUAUUUUGGUAGUAUGUUCCUGUGGCAUACAGGACGGCAUGACAAGGCCCGAGAAUAUGUUGACAGGAUGCUCAAAAUGGCUACUGGCAACAAAGAGGGCCUUCUUUUGCGAGCUUGGAUUGACAUAACCAGUGGAAAGGACUCCCAUGUGAAAAAGAGUAUUAAAAUGUUUGAUGAAGUACUCGGUGGGUCUGAGGUUGUAAAAAAUGUGGAUGCCUUGUUUGGAAAGGCCAAGUACCUGGAGACAAAGAAUAACUUCAGUGGUGCACUAGAACUCAUCAAUCAGGCUGUAGUGGGAUAUCCAGACUUUAUACCUGCCUUGAUUGAAAAGAUGAGACUUCAACUUGCUCUUCAAGAUUGGGAUCAAACACUGGAGACAGCACAAAGGGCUCUGAACAGUAACAGAAACUGCAUUGAAGCACAGAGGAUGAUAGUGAUGUACACCUUGUGUCGAGAUGGAAAGUACAGUGAGGCCUCAGAUAGAUUAGGAGAAUUGAUUCAGAUGGUGGACAGAUGUGAGCCAAGGAACUCAUUUUUGUAUCAUGAUUUGUCACAGGCGUUCAGCCGACUGUGCGGUAGAAAUGAUCUGGUGUUGCAACAGACUCUCACACUGGUGGAAAGAGCUCAGUCUCUUGCUCCUAACAAUGCUGAGUAUCAGACAGAGGUUGGAAAUCAGCUCACAUUACAUCAUCGAAUCCGAGAAGCAAUGAAGGCAUUCCGUACUGCUAUGAAGCUUGAUGAGACAAGUGUGCCAGCGUUAACAGGCAUAAUAAAGUGUCAACUGAUAGAGGGACAGCUUGAGGAUGCAGAACAGCAACUAGAGUUUCUCAAUGAAAUCCAACAGUCUAUUGGAAAAUCAUCUGAGCUGUCAUACCUAAGCUCUGUCUUGUACAGACAGAAAAACAAGCCAGCUGAGGAAGUGAUAAUCCUGCUAAAUGAAGCUGUGGAUGCUCAUUUUGCUUCUCUCAAGGGUCUUGCCCUUGGAGUGAAGUAUUUCUUCUACUUAAAUCCAGAUUUUCUUCUCCAAAUAAUUAAUGAUUACCUUGUCUAUGCACCCACGGAGGCACAGAGUCCUGGCCAACCUCCACCUCCUCUUCUUAAGCGCUGUGCUGCUGUUUUGGAUCCACUGACUAAAAGUGUGCCUGGAUUACUGGAGGGACUCUAUCUUAUGGCUAAAGUCAAGUACUUGUCAGGGGAAACAGAUGCUGCUAAAGCCAUGUUGACUCACUGUUUAGACCAAGACCCAACUUUUUCAGAUGCACAUCUUCUCAUGGCUCAGAUUCAUCUCCAGCAAGGUAACUUCAAACUUUCAGAGCAAUCUCUUGAAGUUGGACUCAGUUAUAACUUUGAGGUGAGGAACCAUCCCUUGUAUCAUCUUAUAAAAGCUCGAGUGCAGAAGAAGAUGGGCCACCCUGACGAAAGUGUGAACACCAUGCAAGCUGCAAUGAACCUGCCGGGAGUAAAGAAAGCAGCUCCCAAGGCACAAGGCAAGAAAACAACAAUAACAUCUAGUGACAGAGCAGCUGUAUUCCUUGAACUCGCUGAUGCUCACAUGGAAGCUGGACAGUUGCACGAGGCUACCAAAGUUAUGCAGGAUGCCUUGCAUGAGUUCGGUGGCACGCCUGAAGAAGUCAGGGUUCAGAUUUCCAAUGCAGACCUGGUGUUAAAGAACGGUGACACGGAGCAAGCCUUGACUAUACUCAGGCAAAUUACUCCAGAACAAAGUUAUUACAUCAAGGCUAAAGAAAAGAUGGCAGAGAUCUAUUUACAUCAUCGUAAGGACAAGCGGUUGUAUGCCAGCGUUUACAGAGAACUAGUCGACAAAAAUCCAAACUCUCACACGUGUUUGCUGUUGGGAGAUGCAUACAUGAGUAUACAGGAGCCUGAGAAAGCAAUUGAAGUGUAUGAGACAGCUCUGAAGCGAAAUCCAAGAGAUGGAGCACUAGCGAGCAAAAUAGGCCAAGCGCUGGUCAAGACACACCAUUACGGCAAGGCCAUCAACUAUUAUGAAGCUGCCUUGAAAACAGGACAGCAGAACUUUUUAAGGUACGACUUGGCUGAGCUGUAUCUUAAGCUAAAGAACUACGAAAAGUCAGACAAGGUUAUCAAGUCAGCUCUGGAACAAGAAAAAGCUAAUGACCUUCCAUCUUUGAUGGAAGAAGCGCGGCUUUUGGAGCUUCAAGCCCGUGUUUAUCAAAAGUCUGGCAAUGUCGAAGAAACCCUGAAGACCCUAACUCGAGCCAAGGAGGUUCAAACCAGACGCACGGCAACAUGGAAUUCCAUGUUGGCUCUGGCCAGGCUGUAUUUAACAGUGGAUGAUCUGGAUUCCUGUCAGCAACAAUGUGUCCAACUUCUCAAAAUGGACUCGGAGAAUGACGCCGCCACUGUUAUGAUGGCUGAUUUAAUGUUCAGGAAAAAUGAAUACGAUUCUGCCACUUUUCAUUUCCAGCAAUUGCUGGAGAGAAAGCCAGAUCAUUACAGCGCUCUGGCCCGCCUUAUCAAUCUUCUCAGAAGAGCAGGGAAACUGGAAGAGUGUUCCAAAUACCUCGAACAGGCUGAAAGUGCUAUACCACGUGCAGCAAUGGAUUCUGGGUUAAAUUAUUGCAAAGGACUCUUUCACUGGUACACCGUAAAUCCCACGGCAGCCCUUAAACAUUUCAAUCUAUCAAGGAAAGACUCUAUGUGGGGCGAGUAUGCUGUGUACAACAUGAUCGAAAUAUGCCUCAACCCAGAUAACGAGACAUUGGGCGGAGAAACGUUUGAGGCGGUGGAUGGCGAUGUUAGUCAAAACGAGAAACAGGAUUCAGAAAUGAUGGCUGUACGCACUGCUGACAAACUUCUUAAGGACUUCAAGCCCAAGGGGAGUCCCCUUAAGUACCGCAUACUGGAGAAUAGUGUUCUGAUGGCCUUCAAGACAAAACCCAAUGUGGAGAAAGCCUUGUCACAAUUCAUGGAAAUUGCUACCACAGAGCAUGACUGUGUUCCAGCUCUUCUGGGCAUGGCAACUGCGUACAUGUACUUAAAGCAAACACCGCGGGCUCGUAAUCAGCUCAAAAGAAUCGCCAAGAUGAACUGGAACUCAGAGGAAGCAGAGGAAUUCGAGAGAAGCUGGCUUCUACUUGCCGAUAUUUAUAUUCAGUCUGGCAAGUUUGAUAUGGCUGGAGAUUUGUUAAAGAAAUGUCUCCAAUAUAAUAAGUCCUGUUGUAAAGCUUGGGAGUACAUGGGUUAUAUCAUGGAAAAGGAACAAGCUUACAAAGAUGCCGCCAAGAACUACGAGAAUGCUUGGAUAUAUGGAAACCAAAACAACCCAACUAUUGGUUACAGACUGGCGUUUAACUAUCUCAAAGCAAAACGUCUUGUAGACGCGAUUGACGUUUGUCACAAGGUUUUAAAUCACCAUCCAAACUAUCCAAAGAUCAGAAAAGAAAUCUUGGACAAAGCACGAGCAGCGUUACGGGCAUGACAUUUUGCCAUACACAACUGACCCAAUGUCACAAAACUGCGGGCGCAAUCGGUUUGGUCCGUGUGACCGUUAAACAGUUAUAAACUGUGGUGGAAGUAGCUUUACUCAAGGGUUUGUAAAUAAGCGAAUGUCUUGCUGCAACUUAAUGUAAAGUGCUCGCCAUUUAAAGACUUGAAAUAGAUUGCUGGCGUUGUAAAUAACCAUUAAAUUAUUAAACAGUAACUUGCUGGUCG